AUGUUGGCAAUAUUUCACAAAACUUUUGCUAACCCACCUGAGGAGCUUAGUAGUCCAGCAUCUCAAAAUGGUACCAAGAGGCCUAAGCUUCCCGAGGAAACACUCAAUGAGUUCCUUUCUCACCACCCUCAGAAGACUUUGUCAAUGAACUUUGGUCAAGCUGCUGCGCUUGCCUAUGUUCCCCAAGACAACCCUUUCUCUUCUCAACAAAGGUUGUUCUGUGGUUUCGAUGGUAUAUACUGCCUUUUCUCUGGAAGCUUAAACAACUUAUGCACACUCAAUAAGCAGUAUGGAUUAACAAAGGGGACUAAUGAGGCCAUGUUUGUGAUAGAAGCUUAUAAGACCCUUCGCGAUCGAGGCCCUUAUCCAGCUGAUCAAGUUGUUAAGGAUCUUGAUGGGAGCUUUGCUUUUGUUAUCUACGAUAGCACGGCUGGAAAUGUUUUUGCAGCACUCGGCUCUGAUGGUGGAGUUAAGCUGUUCUGGGGUAUUGCAGCAGAUGGUUCUGUGGUGAUAUCUGAUGAUUUGGAAGUUAUAAAAGCAGGCUGUGCCAAAUCAUUCGCUCCCUUCCCAGCAGGGUUUAUGUUCCAUAGUGAAGGAGGUUUGAUGAGCUUUGAGCAUCCAAUGAACAAAGUUAGAGCAAUGCCAAGGACAGACAGCGAAGGAGUUCUGUGUGGGGCAAAUUUCAAGGUUGAUGUCUACACACGGAUCAAUAGCUUACCCCGUAGAGGAAGUGAAGCUAACUGGACCGAGUGGGAAUCACACAGCUAA